CUCUCCCUCCUCCCUCCUCACGGCAAAACCCCAAAACCAUCACCGCAUUCCUCCGCGCUCAUCUUCCCUCCGCCGCCGUCUGGUCCUCGAGCCGAACCGCUCAUCCCGCAAUGGGUCCCGGGCUCUACUCCGACAUUGGCAAGAAGGCCAGGGAUCUCCUCUACAGGGAUUUCCAGACGGACCAGAAGUUUACCCUGACCACCUACGCCGCGAAUGGAGCCGCGAUAACAGCUGCAAGCACAAAGAAAAAUGAGGCUAUCUUUAGUGAGAUCCAGACCCAACUGAAGCAGAAGAAUUUCACAUUGGAUGUGAAAGCAACUUCAGAGUCUCUGCUGUUAGCUACAAUCACAACUGAGGAUCUUGGUGUACCAGGCUUGAAAAAGAUUGUAACCAUUCCUUUUCCAUAUCAAACAGCUGGAAAGGCUGAAGUCCAGUACUUGCAUGAUUAUGCUGGUAUCAGUGCCAGUGUUGGCUUGAACUCAAAACCUUUGGUUAACCUUUCUGGUGUGUUUGGCAACAAAGCUAUUGCUGUUGGUGCUGAUGUUGCAUAUGAUACAGCUACUGGGAAUUUCACCAAGUACAAUGCUGGAGUGAGUCUGACCAAUGCAGAUCUCAUUGCUGCUGUGACCUUGAACAACAAAUGUGACAGCCUCACUGCGUCCUACUACCACUUGGUGAACACGGAGAACAACACAGCUGUUGGAGUGGAGCUGACCCACAGCUUCUCAAGCAAUAAGAACACCAUCACCUUCGGGACGCAGCAUACCCUGGACCCUCAAACCACUGUGAAGGCACGCUACAACAACCAUGGCAUGGCCAGCGCUCUCAUCCAGCACGAGUGGAGGCCCAAGUCACUCUUCACCCUCUCCACUGAGGUCGACACCAAUGCGUUCGAGAAGAGCUCCAAGGUCGGGCUGUCGCUGGUUCUUAAGCCCUGAUGAUGAUGCCGAUCCCUUUUUGGUUCUAGGAUGGUAGAUUUCCUUAUCAGCACCUGAGGUCGAGUGAAAUAAUUCUGGGACAUCUCUCUAGCUCAACUUUGGUAUCAUGGCAUCUUGAUUCUGCAGACUUGCUCUUCGAUAGUGUCAUCCUGAGUGUUAGUAGUCGCCCCUAGCUUGUUUUAGAUGUUGAAACUGAAUCAGUGAACGAGAUUGUCAGUGAUCCAGUUUAUCGGUCUAUGCAUGCGUUUGUUCUAAUCUCGCGCUGCCAUCUUGUCUAAAUAAUUGUCCCGUCUUCAGCGUAACCCUUUCAAUGUUUUUGGUUUCAAUAUCCUAUUAUCCGCAAAAGCUCAUCAGAAUUGUUUCUGCCUACAAAAGAA